ACACGCGUGAAUCCUCUGGAAAGGCGCCAUCGAGCUCCUCUCCCUCAAAAAGGAAAUCACCUCAGAAAAAGACGCGGGGACUGCAUGGUCCUUGGGGGCGGGAAUGUUUGGCGUAGGCAUGAAAAGAUAUCUGCAUGCUGGUGGGUGCCGGCCGGCUGAGGAGCCGCGUUUGGCUAGGGAUCCCCUUGAAGCCCCAAAGAGCGCGCAUGGCUUCAAUCCUUUAACCCUGCGCGCGAGAGAGGUGAGAAAAGCGCGGCGCGGGCGGCAGACGCGAGAAGGAAGGAGGCGCUGUGAAGCUCGGGCCAGUCAGCUCAGGCGGCGAGGAAGGAUCCCCCCGGGAGUGGGAGUGAGUUGGCCAGCCGGCGGCGGCGAUAUAGGCGCCCCCUCCUCUGUUCCAGGCAGCCACUUACGAGCGGCUCACUUGAGCGGCGCUUCGAGCUCGCGCGGGGCGGGAAAGAAGCCGGACUUCUUUCCGAAGAGGAUAGAGCUGGCCCGGUCCCAAGCCUUUGAGGUCCAGCCAAAGGCUCUUUUGCAUUUCUGGGGAAACGGCUCCCCGCCCGCCCACUCGGCGCAAAAUUGCAGCGCGAGGCGAGCAACCUCUGCGGGAGUGACUGAGCUCGGAGGGGAAGCCUCCGGAGUUCAGACGUAACCAACGGAGCUGGGUGAGGGUGAGGUUGCUCGCGCUUGGAGCGGCGGGACUUUCUCCCUCUGCUCUCCGAGCCCGCCGGAAUAGGACCAGCAGCGACAAGAAGCUGUGGCGCCUUCUCCGGCUUGCAGACCGGCUGAAGCCUCGGGAAGUUCUCGGCGCCCAUUUGUCAAGAGAAGGGCAACUUUCGCGUCAGUUCUUCUCUGCCUCAGUUCCACGUCGGUGAGUUAAGUAAAACGCGGGAGGAUGGCGGAGCGGGGAGAUGACAUCCACGGGGGACGUCUGGCUUUCCUCGGGGGUUGUUACCAUCUUUUUCUACCCUACUGAGGGAAUAGUCUGGAAAGCAUUUGGUAGUGAGGGAGAAAAGAAACUGAUGUUUGGGACAACAAAGCCUCUGACUUGCGGACUGCAGUCCAAAAGAGUUGCAGAAAGGGGCAGCGGGGUUGGGAGCGAGGGGGCAGAAGGGGCAGGAUAAACAUUUAUUUGGUUCAUAAAAACAGUGAGGGCUGGUCCAUAAGGGCCCAUGGGGCACUACUGCCCCACCGGCUUCAGGCAGCCCUCAGGCAGCCCAGAAGGUGCCACUGCCUGUCACGUUUCCCUGCAGGGAAUUAGAUUCAUUAGUUCUGCCUGUCUGUCUUAGCCUCUGCCUGAUGUUUGCUUCCCUGCCUCCUGCUCCACCACUCUCACUGGGCAGAAGCUGUAAGGAACAAAAUGGUCCAGGCUGCAAUUAUAAAAAGAUUUAUCAUGGAAUACCAUCAUCAUUAUAUUUUUAAAAUUUGUAUACCGUCUUUCUUUCUUACAAUACUCAAGGCGGUUUACAAGCUGAAGAAACAAAAAAUGUACAUCUUAUAACAAUCUAAUGCAAUACAAAAAUGUGAUAAUAAAACAUAACUUUAAAAUAGGCAACCUACAUCAAAAAAGUAACAUUCAACAAUCAUUAGAACAGUAUAAAAUAAUAAUACCAACAUAUAAAAGUUAAACAGAAAUCCACUCAAGAGUUACAAUAAAUAAUAUCUAAAAUAUAAUCAAUAAAACAACGGCAAUAUGCCCCAUUAAGCUCGGUGAGACUUCUGAGUAAACCUACUAAGGCCUGCGCUUUCUGUUUGUCUUCUAUAGGGCUUUUUGAGAAUCGAUAAUGAUCUCUUGCAUUGGCUUUCGAUGACUCCUGCCCCAGUUAGGACCCAACUAAAUUAUAUGGGAAAUGUAUUGUUGUGUUUUCCCUGUCUGUGGUGUGUGGGAUCUUAAAAAAUCAAAUCAAUAACAGCAGCAGGCACCCUCAGAUCAGGAACUCAGCAAGGAAGAAAUGUGGCUGAACCCCACUCCAUUAUUGUCCAAAUUAACACACACCCCAGUUGGUAUUUAUCCCCAGAGUGAAGUUCCUUUUGUGCCAGCCCUAACCAUAGAGCCUUCUUUCCAACCACACAAAUCUUUAAAAUGAUGCCAUGCUUUCAACAUGCUUCCCACAUAACAGCUUUUUAGAGAUUGGUGAUAGAUUACUUCAGUUUGGAAGACAUCAGCUUACUUUAUUGGAUGCUAGAAAUCCUUACACUUCAAUAACCCAGGUGGUCUCAAAUUUCCCUUUGGGCUGUGAUGGCGACUAAAAGCAAUAACACUAGAAUUUUAUCCCCCACCCCAAAACUGAGGGGCGAGGCCCUUCCUUGUUUGCCUCCUCCAAGAGAGGUCUGGAGAGUGGCAACAGGAGAACCAUUUCUGCAGAGCCUCUCUGUUUAAGGAAUGCUCUCCCCAGGGAGGUUCAGCUGGUGCCUUCAUUGUACACCCGACCUUUGCCUGCUCAACAUUCUAUAUACCGUAUUUACGCAAAUCUAAUGUGUCACCAAAUCUAAUGCGCACCUCAAUUUUCAAAACCUUGAAACCAAAAAGUAUUUGCUGGCGAAUUUAAAUGUGCCAUAAAUCUAAUGUGCAUCCUAAUUUUUGUGACAAAAUUUGGCCAAAAAAGUGUGCAUGACAUUCAUGUAAAUAUGGUUCAUUUUGUUUGUGGGCUUUUUUGUUUGUUCUUGUUUUUAUUAUGUACAGUAGUACCUCAGGUUACAGAUGCUUCAGGUUACAGACCCAGAAAUAGUACCUCGGGUUAAGAACUUUGUUUCAGGAUGAGAACAGAAAUCGUGCUGCGGUGGCGCGGCAGCAGCAGGAGGCCCCAUUAGCUAAAGUGGUACCUCAGGUUAAGAACAGUUUCAGGUUAAGAACAGACCUCCAGAACGAAUUAAGUUCUUAACCCGAGGUACCACUGUAUUUUCUGUUUUUAGCUAGUAUUUUUAUGCUGGGAACUGCCCUAAGAUUUGCAGAUGGAGAGCGGUAUAUAAAUUUAAUAAAUAAAUAUUUUUUAAAACAAACAAAGAUCAAACUAUAUUCUCAUAGCUUGCCCUAAUUCAGGCAGGAUCAUAGCAAGGCAGUUCUGCAAAUAUUUGUUCACAGGUACGAGGAAGUGCAGUUUAGAAUACUGCUGCUCCGUCUAUUUGGAGUUGUAAUGAAUUAUUUUCUGCAUGUGAUGAAGUAGUCAAAUAGCUUCUUGCCUACAGGCAUGCUAGAAUCAAAGAUUAUAUAGAGCAGGGCUGGAGAACAGAGUCACCCACCCACCCAUGUUGUUGAAUUCUAAUGCACAUCAUCCCCAACCAGCGAGGUAGUAGUCAAGGGAAACAAAUAUUAAGAACGUAAGAACACCCUGCUGGAUCAAGCUAACUGCCCAUCUAGCUCAGUAUCCUGUUCUCACAGUGGCUAACCAGAUGCCUGUGGGAAACCAGGGAUUAAACAUGAGCACAAGAGCACUCUCUCCUCCUGUGGCUUCCAGCAACUAGCAAUCAGAAGAAUUGCUGCAUCCAAUUGUGGAGGUAGAAUGUAGAUCAUAGCCAUCAUGGCUAGUAGCCAUUGAUAGUCCUGUUCUCCAUCAAUUUGUCUAAUUGUCUUUUAAAGCUAUCCAAAUUGAUGGCCAUGCUGGGGGAGCGAGUUCCAUAAUUUGACUAUGUGCUGCAUAAAGAAGUACUUUCUUUUAUCUGUUCUAACAACAUCAGAGUACAUCAGGCCUGCAGGCCCACUCUGAUGUACAGUAUCAUCCCAAAAGUGUUGGGCCUCAUGGCAAAGUCUUAGGUGAAAUCAGCUCUAAGAAAGUUACUGGAAAUAUGCCCUCUCUAGUUUUUGAGCAAGUGUCCAAAAUCAUAGGCAACAUAAGAGUAGACAAAAGUUGAAGCUUACUCAGUACUAAUUUUUCAGCUAGUGUGCAUUGUGAGUAUACACAAUAUACACCAGGGAUGGUGAAUUCCUGACCUGCAGGCAGAGUCGGUGAAAUAAAGCUUAGCCUUUUAAAUAGGCUUGCCCAACCCCCAACUGGAUAUGCCAGUCAUAUCACCAGCGGCACUGAGGAGUGCUGAGGAGCAGGCUGGAGUUAGGAAAUGAGAAUGAGUCUUCUAGUCUGCACCAAUAUUUCAUGAAUGCUGUUGAUGGCCAAAUACUCAGGAAACAUUUAACAAUUUUUAUUUAACAAAAAUGUUGUAUUGUUUAAUUGUAAGAAACCCUCUAAGCGGAGCAGUUCCAAGCACUCUUUCCUUUUUCCCGAGUGUUCUGAUCUGCUCCACAGUGACUCUUAAUGACCAUGGGUAGGCAACCUAAGGCCCGGGGGCCGGAUGCGGCCCAGUCGCCUUCUAAAUCCGGCCCGCAGACAGUCCAGGAAUAAGCGUGUUUUUACAUGAGUAGAAUGUGUCCUUUUAUUUAAAAUGCAUCUCUGGAUUAUUUGUGGGGCAUAGGAAUUCAUUCAUUUCUCCCCCCCAAAAUAUAGCCCGGCCCACCACAUGGUCUGAGGGAUGGUGGACCGGCCCACGGCUGAAAAAGGUUGCUGACCCCUGCUUAAUGACAGUGGUAUGGCACUAGAGCAGAGAGCACUAGGGGACGGAAAUCAUGUCAUCCCUGGCACAGUUGAAAGGACAACAUCAAAGUGCAAAUUCCAAAGCGCUAUGGGCCAAGCGCUAUGGGCCAAGAACAGGGAAAGGCCCUGAGACACAGAGAAUGUAAAAUCAGAUGGUGGAAUUGAGCAGAUCUUCACAGCUUGCAUUUGCAGGGAGGCUUAGCCAAAAGUUUCCCUCAUCCCACCUAUCAAUGAGCCUGAAAUAAAAUACUGGGUUGUAGUCAACUAACAUUUAUUCAGAGUAGUCCAAUUGAAAUUAAUGGAUCUAAUAUCAUUAAUAUCAAUGGGUCUACUCUGAGUAAACAUUAGUUGCCUUCAAUCUAUUGUGUGCAUGUGCUCUCGUGUGGGUGCCCACAUUCUUGGAGAGUGGCAUACAGCCCAAGAAGUGGGUUUCCAGAAGGCAGUGUGUCCCUUUGGCUGAAAUUCACUAACCCCGGAAAAAAUUAAUAUAUGCUGUAGAUUUGUUGCAGAUUUGCAAUCCUAGAAGAGUUAAAAUCCUAGUGCUAAUCUCGAUGUUCUUUCACAGUCCAACCUGUCUGGUAAUAACAGGAAGUAGAGAAAAUUAGUUCCGAAUUAGUUGAUGUGUUUAUUCCAUGCAAAAUUUAACUUUGCAAUGAUAAUUCACUACAGAGGAAAUAAUGGUAAUAACUCUGUGAGCAAGCAUAAUUACUCUCUGCAUUUUUUAAAUCACGCAAAACCCUAAUUGUGUUUGUUCAGAAAAUAAUCCACAGUUGAAUUGCAUCAUUGGUUCCCACUCACUUCUGCUGCCACUAAAAAAGAAAAUAUAAGUACUUCCUUGCUGUCUACCACAUCUCCCCUACAGAUUGAGUCACCAUUUUUCCUGCCAUGGCUUUGACUCAGAAAAGCAGUAAUUGGGCAUCGUAGACACAAUGGCUGCAAAAAUGUUGUAGACUGAAAAAAAGUGUCAUCUUCCAUAUGCAAGUGUAAUUUGCUAUGAAAUCUCAUAUGUGUACACAUGCUCCACAUGUACAUUAAAAAUGUGGAAGAGGCAGGACUCCACCCUGAUAUUCCCAGCCCUGACGUAACCCCAAAUAUCUGUGCAUUGAAUAGAAUGUGUAUAAAAUAGUGAAUAUGAGGUUGAAUCCUGACAAGACAGAAGUACUGUUUUGGGGGGACAGGAGGCGAGCGGGUGUGGGGGACUCCCUGGUCCUGAAUGGGGUAACUGUGCCCCUGAAGGACCAGGUGCACAGCCUGAGAGUCAUUUUGGACUCACAGCUGUCCAUGGAGGUGCAGGUUAAUUCUGGGUCCAGGGCAGCUGUCUACCAGCUCCACCUGGUACGCAGGCUGAGACCCUACCUGCCUGCGAACUGUCUUGCCAGAGUGGUGCAUGCUCUAGUUAUCUCCCGCUUGGGCUACUGCAAUGCGCUCUACGUGGAGCUACCUUUGAAGGUGACCUGGAAACUGCAAUUAAUCCAGAAUGCGGCAGCUAGACUGGUGACUGGGAGUGGCCGCCGGGACCACAUAACACCGGUCCUGAGUGAUCUGCAUUGGCUCCCAGUACGUUUCCAUGCGCAAUUCAAAGUGUUGGUGCUGACCUUUAAAGCCCUAAACAGCCUCGGUCCUGUAUACCUGAAGGAGCGUCUCCACCCCCAUUGUUCAGCUCGGACACUGAGAUCUAGCGCCGAGGGCCUUCUGGCGGUUCCCUCAUUGCGAGAUGUGAGGUUACAGGGAACCAGACAGAGGGCCUUCUCGGUAGUGGCGCCUGCCCUGUGGAACACCCUCCCUUCAGAUGUGAAGGAAAUAAGCAGCUAUCUUCUCUUUAAAAGACAUCUGAAGGCAGCCCUGUUCAGGGAAGUUUUUAAUAUUUAAUGCUGUAUCAUUUUUAAGACUUGAUUGGGAGCCGCCCAGAGUGGCUGGGGAAACUCAGCCAGAUGGGCGAGGUAUAAAUAAUAAAUUAUUAUUAUUAUUAUUAUUAUUAUUAUUAUUAUUAUUAAUGCACAGUUGUAUACAUACAGUUCCACAUGAUUCAGACCCCUGUGCAAAUGAGGGUCCUAGUCUUAUAAAAUGCCCAUACAGAUAGCUCCUUUUUACUUGUUCCUCUAAACAGGCAAAUGUUUGUGGUGCAAGAUCCAUCACAGCAUCAAGUUUGGGGGCAGCCAGUGGUGAAUGAUCCAAAUCCCAUCCACAUAUUUAGUGACUAUGUCAAUCACAUAUGAGUAGAGCAGGGGUAGUCAAUGAGGCACCUUCUAGAAGUUGUUAAACUACAACUCCUAUUAUCCCUUCCCACUGGCCAUGUUGGCUGGGGCUGGCAGGAGUUUGUGUCCAGCAACAUCUGAAGGGCACAAUGUUUGUCUAUCCCUAAAACAAUCCCAAAACUCAGCAUAAAGUAUUAGGAAGUUGGCACUAUUAUAGCCUCUUUUCUUUUUGGACAGGAUUACUAUGAAGCCACAGCAGUGGAAUUUAAGGUGAUGUUUUUGUUGUACUGCACACUACUUAAUUUCUUGAGUUUUCAAAAGAACUUUGCAUGCCGCCUCCUCUCUGCUAUUUAUCUCCAUGGCUAUUGCUUCUGCUAUUUCUUGGACCCACUGGUCCUCCCACACUGGAAGUUCACAUUGGUGGAAAGACAGAAGUUUUCCUGGCUCUCGUCCAACACAUGCAAAAAGGGCUCUUACUUGGAAGUUCAAGAGAGAUCUUUAUUCGGGCAAGUAACAAUACAAGCACAGCAGAAGAUACAGGGCUCAGGAGUCAUGGUUCAGGAGUAGGGCAAGAAGCUCAGAACUGGAUGGAAGCAAUGGAGAUGUCCAACAAGCCAUCCAUUGUUCUGCAGCCUCUGACCUGCUUCUCUGUGGGGUCCGGCUUUGGACCAGUCCACAACAUGAAAGUUAUGCCAUGGUUUGACUAACUGUUAUGUGUGAAACUGGGCUCAUAAGUUUAUUUCCCUCAAGCAAACAAUGAGUUGUAAGCCAAGAACAAACCUUAUGAUUUGCUUGGAGAGAUAAAAAGCAUGAGCCUGGGCUCAGACAUAAUGCUAAGCCAAACCAGGGCUUAACUCCUGGUACUCUACCAGCAGCAGAAGCCUGAGAAAGGUGAAGCAGUCAUGGUGUCCUCUCUGUACAUCAUCAUGCCUGUUCAUUUGCACUUAGCCAUGGCUUGGCUUAGCAUUAUGUCUGAACCAGGCCAGUGUCUAGCUGAAUGACUGCCAUAAUGGGUGGUAUAUGUGGAUGGGGCUUGUAAGUUGGAAGGAUUCAGAACUGGGGUAUGUUGCACUUUCUUGUGAGAUCUCUGUAGAUGGUUGAUGGGAGAUGGGACAUCCAGUGUCAGGGGUCCCUAGGUUUUGGUUUACUUUUCCACAUAGAACUGAAGUGCAGUUAUUCCAAAUUACACUUGGAAGGUAGUACACUUGUUUCAUAUGUUGUCUAAGUGUGUCUAUGUUUAAACUCAGAUUAGAUCAUUAAUAAUUAUUCAGAUAUUGCCCUGUUAAAAAAGUAUCACUCUUUCAACUCCAGUCCUGUAUUCUUCUAGUUACUACUUAUUUUGUUUGUGACGAGGGGCAACACAUUUUAGUGACUUCCAGCUAAAGUGCUUACUAAUUUAGACAAUGAACAGUUUUUGAGCUGGAAGAGCCAGAACUAAUAAACUAGUUGUUUAUGUUCUGUGGACAAUCUGAGGCCUUUGUGGUAUUUGCAUAAUGCAUUAAAAACAACAACCCAACCAUGUCCUUCAAAAUGCUGCAGAGAAGUGGAGACAAAUCACAAUUAAAAUUAACUUCAUUUUCUGUAGAAACUGUAUUGGUAAAGUACAAUAAUCUCAUGAAGCCCCAUGGAUAUGGAUGAAGGACUAGAAAAUAAAGUAUCAGAAAUGUACAAGAUUGACAUUCAUGUGUUUACCAUGCUGAAGACAGAUGGAAAACAUUUUUGUUGAAUUGCAUCUAUGUUGUUGAUAAUAUUUUAUACAACUUUUCUUGAUACUAUGUCUUUUUCUUGCACUAAUGGUGUAUCUGAAGCCACUGGUCCCUUCUACUAUAUAAUAGCUUGUUUUUGUGAUUUAGAUACAGCAUCUUCAACCUUUUCAGACCAACUUUUAACUGAAACAUGCAUUUGGGGACCCAUUUCUUAAUCUUUUACCAUAUAUUUGCAUGGUGGUAGUGCUCCUGUUGAGACCCACCAGUGGUCCCGAUCCACCAGUGAUCUAGAUGAUUAUGGUGAGUGUGGAAUAUCCUGUUUGAAGGGCCUGUAACUGUGGCAUGCAGCAUUUGGGAAAGACCCAUAGCCCCUCAGUAGUAGAGCACAUGUUGCUGGAAUCUCAGGUAGAGCUAGGAAGGAUUCCGGUCUCAAACAGUUUACAGUACUGAGCUAGAUGAACCAAUGAUUUGACUCAGUCGAAGGCAGCUUCCUGUGUUUCUAACGUUCCCAGCAUUCCAUGUCGGCAUGGAUCCAGAGUUGUCCUUCUUUGAACAGAAGGUUCUUUCCAUUUAUGGAAGGACAUCCAUCCUUCUACCACUGGCACAAGGAAGGGAGGCAAUUUUUGUUGAUUCUCCCCUCCCCUUGCCAGUGCCAUCUCCCAUGUUGUUUUGAAUGCCCCCACACCAGCCUUCCAUAGUAGAUUUGUGGGGAGCAAAGUGGGGUGCAGGUAGAAGGGUGAAUCUGCAGAAAUAAUGUCCUCCCUUCUGCCAGUGGGAGCAUGUUACAGGCAAUUUUUAAAAAAUGAUCCAUUUUUCUUUCAACAUUCUUCCAAAAAAUAUAAUGUUGUACAAUAAUUAGAUCAACUUACUUCUACUCUCCUAGCCUGAGCUAAUGAUACCAUGUGGAAUUCAGACUGGAUGAUUUAGUGAAAGAAAACACACAUGGAGAAAGACAUCUGCAGAUGGAAGAUAUUAAAAACAAAGAUGGAAAGCACAAAAAAGGUGUUGUCUUCCAAAAGCUGGAUGGAUGGAAAAUGAAAAAUAGCAUUAUCCUUAUCAAACAAAAUAGUAAAGGAACAGUUCUCAGCAGUGCAUUUUCAGUGCGCGCUCUUUCUCUCUCUCUCUCUCUCUCGCGCACACACACACACAUACACACACUCACUCACUCACUCACUCACUCACUUGUACAUAUAACCAGCAGCUCCCAAACCUCUCCCCAUAGACAACUUGGAAAUUGCUGGUGGUCUUGGCAGACUGCAUAAUUAUUUUUCUGCCGGUUGUAGUUAUUUUAAUUUUACAUUGCUGGCAAUUUAUGUGUUUUAAAACUAGCUUUCUGUAAGACAUUGUGAAAUCCAUUGUGGAGCUUCAUAGUGCUAGUGAUAAAGAUAGGAAAUAAGCAAUGUCAUAUUGCCCUUCAAGAAACUGGUUACUUGUGUGUUAUAGCCAUAACAUGCUUCUUUUAUAUAGCAAUUUUUUUUAAAAUUGCAGCCAUUAAAUCUUCAUGAGUUCAAGUAAGGUAUUUAAGCUUUUGUGGUAUAUUGAGGGUUCAGAGAAAACAAUAAUAAAUUCUUCGAAUUCAUUUCUGUCCUGCUGAACGUCUCUGUCAAAGGGAGCUGAUAAUUAAGUGAUUUGAAAUAGGGAACAGGCUUUCCAUGGUUGCAAAAGAAGUGGAACAUUUCAAAAGUUAACAAGGAAAAUAUGAAUGUUUGCAAAACAAUAGCUGGGAAAUAUUUGGGGAUUUUGUGUACCGAUCAAAUAAACUUAUAUAUUCUCAUAAAUCUAAAUAAAUUACAGUCUUGUGUGCUCUGUUUUUAGACACAAAUACAAAUUCUGAGGCUGAUUAUCCUCUGGCCACAUGAAUAAUUUCCAAGCUCUAUUUCCAAGCUCUAGAGCGUGUCCAGACGAGGUGCGGGCCCUCCUGGGGGAUAUCAUCAAUUUGUCCCUUGGCACGGGGACAUUCCCAGGGGAACUGAAGGAGGCAGUGGUGCGCCCGCUCUUAAAGAAAACAUCAUUAGAUCCUUUAGAUCUAUCCAAUUACCGCCCGGUUUCGAAUCUUCCGUUCCUGGGUAAGGUGAUUGAGAGAGCGGUUGCUGAACAGCUUGGUGGGUUUCUGGAUGAAACAUCGGCUCUGGAUCCAUUCCAGUCCGGCUUCCGCGCUGGUCAUGGGACCGAGACUGCUCUGGUUGCCCUAACAGAUGAUCUUCGUAGACAGCUGGAUCGAGGUGGGUCGGGGCUGCUGAUUCUUCUAGAUCUGUCAGCAGCUUUCGACAUGGUCGAUCACGAACUUCUGGACCACCGCCUUGCCAACGUGGGGAUCCAGGGCACAGUCCUUCAAUGGCUGCGCUCGUUUCUCUCUGGUCGGGGACAGAGGGUGGCGCUUGGGGGGGAAUUGUCAUCGCCCCACUCCUUGGUGUGUGGAGUACCUCAGGGUGCGAUACUCUCCCGAUGCUUUUAACAUCUUUAUGCGCCCCGCCCAGCUUGUCCAGAGUUUUGGGCUGGGUUGCCAUCAGUAUGCUGAUGACACCCAACUCUAUCUGCUGAUGGAUGGCCAUCCUGACUCGGCCCCAGACACACUGACCAGAUGUUUGGAAGCUGUGGCUGGAUGGUUACGUGGGAGCCGGUUGAAGCUAAAUCCUUCGAAGACAGAGGUCCUGUGGCUGGGAUGGGACGAUAUGGGAUUGGGGGGGCAACUCCCAUCUCUUGCGGGGGCGCAAUUAGUGCCAGCACCGUCCGUUAAGAAUUUGGGUGUAAUCUUCGACACCUCCCUUUCCAUGGAGGCGCAGAUUGCAGCUACAACAAAGGCGGCAUUUUUCCAUCUCCGCCAAGCUAAGCAGUUGGCUCCUUACCUCUCUCGCCCUGACCUAGCCACUGUGAUCCACGCGACGGUCACCUCCAGACUGGAUUAUUGUAACUCGCUCUACGUGGGGCUGCCCUUGAGACUGACCCAGAAACUCCAGCGGGUGCAGAAUGCUGCAGCGAGACUCCUUACGGGGUCUUCGCUGCGAGAUCACAUUCACUCGGUGCUAUACCAGCUGCACUGGCUCCCGGUAGAGUACAGGAUCAGAUUUAAGGUGCUGGUUUUAACCUUUAAAGCCCUUUACGGCCUAGGACCCUCGUACCUACGGGACCGCCUCUCCUGGUAUGCCCCACAGAGAAACUUACGGUCUUCAAAUAAAAACAUCUUGAAGGUCCCAGGCCACAGAGAAGUUAGGCUGGCCUCAACUAGAGCCAGGGCUUUUACGGCUGUGGCUCCGAUCUGGUGGAACACUCUGUCACAAGAGACCAGGGCCCUGCGGGACUUGACAUCUUUCCGCAGGGCCUGCAAGACAGAGCUGUUCCACCAGGCCUUUGGCCAGGGCACAGCCUGACUCACUCCCUCGGCAAUCUUCACGGAGCUCUGGCCCAAUGGUUGCCAGUGGCUUGAAUUAAUUAAUUUUAUAAUGAAUGAUUUUAGAGUGUUGUUUGUGCUGUACUUUUGUACUGUUUUAUUGUUGUUAGCCGCCCUGAGCCCGGCUUCGGCUGGGGAGGGCGGGAUAUAAAUAAAAUUUAUUAUUAUUAUUAUUAUUGUUGUUGUUUUUCUAUACGGUUUUUGUUAUUUGUGCUGUCUUAAGAUAAAGUAAUUUUGCUUUGAUGUAGCAUUUUGCAUUUAGCAAGAGUCUUUUUCUGUUGAUUUCUGUUCCUAUUGAUGUUUUUACACUAGACCCACUUGGACAAUAAGUACCAUGCAAAAUGAAACCAAAAAGGCUUACCAUAAUUCUAAUAAUAGGCACUAAUUAAUUUUGGGGAAAAUACUAAUUAAUGGAGAGAAGGGCCAUAGUUCAGUGGUAGGUAGAAUAUUUGCUUUGCUUGCGGAAGAGCCCAGGUAGGGCUGGGAGAGUUCUCUGCCUAAAACCCUAUAGAGCACUGCUAAUUAGUUUAGACGAUACUGAGUGAGAUGGACUGACUAUAAGGCAGCUUCAUAAGUUCUGCUAAUUAUCUUUAAGAACAGGGGUCAGCAAACUUUUUCAGCAGGGGGCCGGUCCACUGUCCCUCAGACCUUGGGGGGUGUGGACUAUAUUUUUUUUGGGGGGGGAAAUAUGAACGAAUUCCUAUGCCCCACAAAUAACCCAGAGAUGCAUUUUAAAUAAAAGGACACAUUAUACUCAUGUAAAAACACCAGGCAGGCCCCACAAAUAACAGAGAGAUACAUUUUAAAUAAAAGUUCACAUUCUACUCAUGUAAAAACGUGCUGCUUCCCGGACCAUCCGUGGGCUGGAUUUAGAAGGCGAUUGGGGUAGAUCCGGCCCCUGGGCCUUAGUUUGCCUACCCAUGUUUUGGAACCUAUAACCAUGAGUACUAUUUGUUAGGAUAUUUCCAUUCCACCUUAAAAGGGAGCAGGCUGUGAGUCACAGAGUCUGCGUAUUUCCUGUUCACAGGAUGUUUAUGUUUUCUGUUGCUUUCGUUUUUCUCUCUCUGUGUCAUAGACACUAAAGCAGGCAGUCAUGUUUUUCUGUGUUCUGAUCAACGCUGAAUAAACUUGUAAAUAAUGCUCUCCUGAGUGCGACUUUGGCUGUGCAUUAUCUGCUGAUAAAGAGUGUGCAUCGGCUCUAGAAUGGUCUGGAGCUCAUGUCGCUAAUUGCUGAUACUGCGUGUCUACAGGAGGUUGAUGGAUCGUCCGGCAGCCGGCUUGGGGGCCAUGAUGGACUUUAUCUCCCUGGCAGUAUCCCAACACUAUUUUGCCACUCUUCCCGUUCAGGGACUGAAAAACUCAGGGACUGAAUGUUGUCAGGUCUAGCUGAAUGUCCUCCAACUUCCUCCUUGGCAACUUCUUUAUGGACACAGGUGGUGCUAAGGGUACUGUUGGCCUGAAUUUGCAUUCAGAAGCAACAAUAUACUGAUAUGUAAAGACACAUAUAUGCCACCAAAGGCUUGUCCACAUUUCAAUUUGCCCCAUGCUUUCUAGCCAUGGGUCUGAGGGGCUUUUCGUUUGCCCCACCACUGUCCCCAGGAAAACCCAAUGUUUACCACUGAAUUGUAGCAAACCUCAAUCGAGUUUUCUGCAGGUUGGCAUUCAAUGUCCAAUUCAUGUCCUCUCAUUUAGGACAUAUGGAAGUGUGGAACGAGUCCAUAGUGGAUCGAGUCCUUCUCAGUAGUUUUCAAUCAUGGACUUAGGAAACCUGUCUGAACAUUUAUUACAAGUUGUAUACUGAAGUGUUGCAGUGCAUACAGGUGUGGUGCAUGGUAAACUGGGGCUAACCAUGAUCAUAUAUUUGGCCAUUCUGAAACUUCUGCAAGAUUUUUAUUUUUUAUUUUUUAAUAAUAUUUAUUGCUUUUAUACCUUACAAAAAGAAAAAAGAGAAAAGAAAAAAGAAAAAAAAGCAAAAGCAAAAGAGAAAACAGUACAAUACAAUAUAUAAACAAUACAGAACGCAACAUUAACAUUAACACAUUAAACAAAACAAAAGCAAAAACAAUUCAAAAAAACACACAUCAUACCAUCUCAAUAUCCUCUCUUUCAUUCCCUUGUUUCAUCGACCUCCUCUCACCUCCCUUUUUGUAUUCCAUUUCUAUUAAUUGUUUCAGCAAAUCCUUUCCAUCUUUCUCUAUUUUCUGUCAUGUAAUUAUCUUAACAUAUUUUAACCUUAUUUUCCAUUAAUACUAUAAUACUUAUUUAUACUUAAUUCCUUAAAAUAUUUCUACUAAAGCCGUAUAAUUCCCUUCCAACAUUUUUCUAACACUCAUUAAUUUUACAUUAUUUCCAUAUAUAGAUUUUAAACUUUUUCCAAUAUUCUUCCACCAUCUCUUCUCCCUGGUCUCGGGUUCUGCCAGUCAUUUCCAUCAAUUCCAAAUAGCCCAUCAACCUGGUGAUCUUCUGUCCGAGGCUCUUAACUCUUUUCCAGGUCCCUUCUGCAAAUCUUCUUCAUGUUUAUACAUGCACUUUACUUUGUCUUCUCCUGAUCUUGUUCUUAUUUUCCUUCCUUUGAUGCUGAAAAGUAGAUCUCCGGGAAAUUCCCAUCUAGCAAUGUUUUUAUUCCUUCUCAACAAGUCAACCAAAUCUCCAUAGUUAGAACUGAAAUUCAAAAGAUAUUUCCAGUCGUGUUUCAAAGUUCCUCCAAGUCUGGCAGUCCCCACAACUCCAGUCUCCUUCUGACCCAAGUCCAGGUCCCAAAGGUCAAUCUCCAGUCCAAGCGGGGCUCCAAUCCUAAGAGUCUGGCUUUCUCUAAAUUCAGUCUUGGAAGACAUCAACUUAUAAUCAUCAAAUUGCAACUGUAAGGCUGAAGCUCUCUCCCUCGCCACUUGUGCUGCCUUAGGUUCCACAGCAAAAACUCUCUCCCCCGCCUUCUCCUCAAUCCGCCAUGUCAAAAUAGAUCCCUGUAUCGAUUCCCGAAUAACUUCUGUAUUAAUAUUGACUUUUUGUGCCAAAUUAGUCACUUUUUGUUCCAAGUUAUCAAUUUUUAUAGUCUUCGCAUCCGUCUUCCUACAAAACUGAAUCCAGUGAUUCAUUAAUCUUGCAAAAUGCAACCACUAAGACUUCUUCUGUCAACAUUCUCAACAACUCAAGGUCAAUCCCAGAUUCUCACAGUUUUAUCUUGCAGAUGGAAAAUUCCCCCAGCUCAGAACUUGUAACAAUUUCAAAGGCUUCAUCUAGGGGGAAACAAUUUCUAUUUGUAUCAAUCCUUUUAAGCACAGUUCAAACAAUAAAGUUAGUUUUAAUUUUCAGUUACUUUUACUCCUUUUUAAACACAGAAGGAGACAAUGGAAACAUUGUAUUUCUCUUCUUUAACUUACUGUCAGCAGACGAUCUAUUCACAGUCAAUGAGCAUAUCCGAAGCUUCAAUCUUUACUAGCAGCCCGUUUCCAGGUUCAGAGCGGUGGUUAUUUGACUUUCUUCACUCUCUCCUGCAGGCUUACGCGAUCUUAAAUUUUCCCCCUCUUCUCCUGCUUCCAAGGGGGGUUUGAUGGCUUAACCGAUGGAAGUUUAAUCCUUUAUAUGAGACUUUCCAAGGCUUUAGCUUGCAGCCUCUUUGCUUCAAUCUAUUUACAAAAGGGGGAGGCGGACUUCCUGUUUGAAACCUCCCCGUUCGGUGCCAAAUUAAGACGUUUAAAAAUCCAAUUUUCCGUUCUACUCACGGGUAGUUGUUUUAAGAUCAAAUUGUCUACAGGAAAAGUCAGCACUCUCCUGCAACAGCAAUGCGGCUUCACUCCGGGAAAGAAGCAGUCGAUUCGAAGCACCGCGCCACUCACCCCACGUCGCUCCGGAUUCCCGAAACCGGGUUUCCCCGCGAGUAGGGGAGGCGCAAAAGGUGCCAGCCGAAUCCCACGUCCAUAAGCUUCUCCCGCCUGUGUUUUUUAGUGGGUCUCCGCCUUCGCCGUGGCGGCCAGACCCUGAUUUCCACGGAGCGGAUUCCGCCCGAUCAGAGGUAUUCCUCCAUUGCCUGAGGCGCUAACCCGGAAGUCCCCUUCUGCAAGAUUUUUAAUAGCUUGCUCUAGGCUUAGUCUGGUCCCUCUCAGACUCUCCCUUAAUGGUCUUUGAAAUUGCUGUAGCUCCUAAAUUCAAUGCAAGUGUUAGGCUUACAGCUCUUACAUUAGUGACUGGCAAAUUCCCCCAGGCUUCAUUUGCAUGUGUACAUAAAGUAUAAUGCUUGAAAUGGGAUGUUUUGUUUGACUACAACUACUUCUGGCUUGGUAAGAUUCUCAUUUGCUGAUUGGCCUGAUUGAUUAGUAGGGCUGAUACCAUGUUGGGGUAACAUACCAUCUAUUUGCUUAGAUUAUUAGAAUGCUUAUAAGUAUUCGAUUAAUCAAUAUAGGAGUGAAUAAAGCAUUAAAAAGGAACUUUUUGUUCCUUUCUCUUGGGUCUAUGAAAAGGGCAUCCUGGUGGUGACUGGCAGCUGGACAGCAUCCCCUUUCAGUACAAUCAGCUACUCCAGUAAUAACAUUACAAAAACUAGAAAAAUCAAUAACUGGUGCUCAAUAGCCUGAUUAGCUAACAGUGCCAUCACUAGUGGUGGUCCUGUUCCUAUUUGUGGGCUUUACUUGUAGCUUGUCCAACAGUUUCUAAACAGAAGAUGACAGUCCCCAUAAAAACAACAACAAAAAUCAAAUAAUAAUACUACAGGCCCACACAUUUCUAAUUCAAGCUACAUAGCUUUAUUCCAAAUUAUUUUGAUAGUUGCACAUUGUGACGAAAGCAUUUUUAAAAAGGUGCCAGCAAUGCAAAUGUAUACAUGCAAUAUCACAUCGUUAUGUAAAUUGGCAGCAAUGUAAAAAAGCAACAACAACUUGCCUAGUUUCAUCCGGCCCCUUUGCUGCCUUCAAGGAAGACAUUUUUAUUCCUCUGUGUGCACUCACAAUGUAGCCUUUUCUGUGUUUUAUUGUUUCUUCCUGUGUUAUUUUUAUUGUCUUUGUAAUGCACUGAAUGCACUUGUUACAGAAUGACAGAGUAGAAAUCCUUGUCAUAGAUACAGGUAUAAAUAAAUCCCCAUAUAGAUGUGGGCUGUGUUGAUACACAGAACUGUCUUUUCAUAACUAGCAACUGAGACAUCAAGCCACAGAUGUUAUAUAUUAAGACUGUCUGGUGACCUGACAAAUGGGCCAAGGUGUUCCUAGUAAAAUUACUUCUAGUUUAUCUUCUCCUUACAAAUCUUCAUGGAGAAGCUAGCAGAACUGUUUCCACUAACAGUUUCACACUUGAUAUAAAACAUAUCAGGACCAUUUAAUCUUAUUUAGAAACAGAAGCAAGAGGGGGUAAAAUGCCAGUAUAUAUUUAGGUGAUGAAGCGCUAUAUCACUUUUCAAUACAUGUGGCAUUCUCACACAUUUUGAGUGUAGAACCUGUAAGAAAAUUCUCAGUCUGAAAUAUUGUUUAGUGAGAGAUGUGGUUAUUACAGAAAGUUACUAAUAUAAAAUGUCUCCCUUCCGCCUUCAAAUUUAAUAAACUGAUGGGCAAAACUUCCACUUCUGAAUACUUAUGCAAGUUAAUCACAGUGUCUCAGUGCUUAAUUGGAUCUAAAUUUGCAUGUUUUUGUGCCUAUAGAGGGAUGUUUCAUCUGAUCAAAAUGUUGAAUCCCAACUCUUGUAUUGUAGCAGUAAUUAAUUUCAUAGAGCCCAAAUAGAGGUAGUUAGUCCACUGGGAUUUCUCUAAAGGAUAGCCUAUGACAUUUUCCUCAGUAUACUGUCAUUGUUUCAGAGUUACCAUAACGUGAACUGAGAAAUUUAUAGAGCAAUUAGACCCAUUAUUUGGAGUGCUAAAUAACUAGUAACUGUUCAAAGCCUUUUACUGUGUGCAUGAUUUGAAUAUAAAUGUAAUUGCUGAUAGCAAAAUGCUCAGUCUGAAGCAAUUGAUACCUAUCUAUUUUUACAUCUUGCACUUUGAUUAAGAUAGGGUUGCCAUACGUCCAGAAUUUCCCAGACAUAGCUGGAAUAUGGCAGUAGGAAACAGUGUCCGGGAGGAAAUCGCUGAAAUGUUUGGGAAAAUCCGGAAGUAUGGCUACCCAUGUCGUAAGUCUGCAUUUUAGCAAAUUCCCUUAAAAUUAGCUCAAAACCUUUUCUCUCUCUCUCUUUUUUGGAAUUUUUUCAAAAACUUGACAGCUUUGGCCAUAACAGAAAAGAAAAGAAAAAAGAAAAUCUCAACAACUUUUGUAUCCGGAUUUUCACUUUUUGUAAAAUGGCAGUCCUAGUUAAGAGCUGCCCUAAAUAAAGCUACUGGCCAUCUUGGACUGCUCAGACUUCAGUUUUGUUAAGACUUUGCUUAUGUUUUUCAGAACAGGUUUUGUUUUCUUUUGAAGUUUUACAUUAAAGGUGAAACCUCAUGCAACAAUUGAAAUGUUGCUGUAUCCAAAAUAUGAUAUUGCCCUAUAGUGUGUCAUGACUAUUCUUUUAUGUCCCUCCUGAUCAAAUUUCCUUGUUAUGUUCAGCUCCAUCAAAGCUUGAUAAUCUGGCUGAACUAUUAAAUGUAUUGGCAGUGAUGACCUAAUGCAAUCUCUUCAAACAUCAACUACUUAAGACACUUCUAAAUUGUACUUUUUGUGCCAUUUAGGAAAAGGGCAUUGCAUUUGAAAGAUUCAAGCAUAUGUAGUCAGAGACCUCUAAAAAUAAUAUCAACAGUGAACCAGCAAUUCCUUUUCUUGUCCAUAUAAGUACAGCAACACCACAGAAGAAAUCCUUAUCUCUUUCUUAAACUCAGCAAUACUUAUUAUCUAUUUUGCAUAUGUUGUGUUCAUUUCUGGGGGUUUUAGGCAAAGCUAACAUUGCGAUUAGAGGAGUCCACUUAUCUUCACAAUAUUAUGCUUUAUCAUGGUUGUUAAACAUAACCAAUCUUCAUUUGUGGUUUUCACACAUUUCAGAAAUAUCUUCAAAGCCUUGUAAAUUAAAGGAUACAAAUUACUUGGAGAAUACAUUAAUCUAUAAUUAAACACAAUGAAGUAAUAUUAACAAUAUUGUAUUAAAAGCAUGCACACAGCAAAAUGACACUGCUUACCAAUUAACAGAAAGUUCUGUGUUUCCUUUUCUCAAAUAGCGCUAACAAAUUCUGUCUAGCAUCUUCCUUUGGACCCAGUGGACCACAAAUAGAACUCUGCUUGUGUAGCGGGGCUUGCUUUGCAUCUCCUUCCCAUCCCACCCUUUUGCAUCCACUUAAAACACUACUUUUGAGGAGGCUGCAGCAGCACAGGGAAGUGGCCAGGGCUCACAUAGGCUGUGUUCCAUAAGCAGAAAGUGCCUUUCUGUCGGCAGAAGACAUGUUUGAAUUAAAGUCACUGACUUCCAAACUAUCUUUAAAAGCACCUUCUCUCCUAAACUGGACUCCAACUGCAAUUGUUAGCGUAACAAUUCAUUAUCAGAUUUCGAAGAACCAAAUUGCUGUCCAUUUUUUAAAAUAAGCAGUUAUACCUCUUUGUCUUAUCCAACUGAUCAUGUAGAUAGAAGAUACAUGGUUUUCGAUAUGCUGCUUUUUAUUUUACUAGACCCCCUUCUAGGUGACCAAGGCUUCUAUCAGAGUACUACUCUGAGGACAAGGAGAGUGCAGUAAAUAAGAUAAUACUGAUUCAGACUGCCAGCCCAUUUUUAUAAUAUCUGAUAACUUUCCUCCACAGAGCCCAAUGAAAACCUUAAUAAAUUUAAUGCUGUAUAUUUGUGUUGAUAGACUGACUUCAGGGAACAAAAUGUACUUAUUGGCUUGUAUGUCAUUACUUUUUCUUCAGCAUUGUCACACUGAUUGAUGCAGGACUGCACAAGCUGGUUGCUCUUCUGGAUCAGUCUUUAAUAUGUGACUCAGUCACUGCCAUUGCUUAAUCUGUCAAAGCCUGCUGGUGUAAUAUGUGUCCUUUCAUUACCCCCCCUCCUAUACCUGUAGUCAUACAAAUGAAAACAUCACAGUGAAUCAAUAUUCUCAUUUGAUUGUCAGCCACAGCAGUUGUUUCUAGGUGUUAAUUCACAAACCAACUUUUGCACCUGCUGUUUUUUUCCUGUGGAUAUCCUAAGAAUGAUUCAUUCGAUCUCUACCAGUAGUAUAAUAUAUAUUGUUGUGAUUUUACUGUGUGCACGCUAUGAAUGAACUUGUUUUAUUGGGCCACAGGCACAGCCCUAUCUUAAGGAUGGCGUAGGGAGUAGUUUAUAGUUAGAAAAUUGUUCAACAGACUGAUUUGAAGCUUGGCAGGGAAAGUGUGUUUCAGGAAAGGUAAAGGGACCCCUGACCAUUAGGUCCAGUCGCAGACGACUCUGGGGUUGCAGCGCUCAUCUCGCUUGACUGGCCGAGGGAGCCGGCGUACAACUUCCGGGUCAUGUGGCCAGCAUGACUAAGCCGCUCCUGGUGAACCAGAGCAGUACACGGAAACGCUGUUUACCUUCCUGCUGGAGCGGUACCUAUUUAUCUACUUGCACUGCAUGCUUUUGAACUGCUAGGUUGGCAGGAGCUGGGACUGAACAACGGGAGCUCACCCUGUCACGGGGAUUCAAACUGCCAACCUUCUGAUCGGCAAGCCUUAGGCUCUGUGGUUUAACCUACAACGCCACCCGUGUCCCAAGUUUCAGGAUAGUCUGUGGCAAAUUUGGGGUAUAAAACAUAAGAAAUGGCACACGUUCAGGGUGAGCCUUAUGUGAGAGAAGGUUAAAUGGAGGGGAGUUGCAUGAAAAACUGUAAAUCAAUUUUCCAUCAUCUGGCCAGUUUGGGCCAGUAAUUAUAACAUCAGUACUUCUGAUUUCAAUGGGAAAACAGUCAUGGGCAUAGCCAAGGGGGGCAGGGGGCAGCUGUUCCUCCUUCCCCCCACGGUAGAUCAAGUAAAACAAUAGAAAUAAUUAACAAACUGACCAAUCACAUAGGUUUUAUGCCUCCUAAUAAAAGUCCUGCCCCCCCAAACAAAAAUCCUGACUACACCCAUGAAAACAGUUAGAUCUGGUUCCCAAGUUCAGUCUUUCCCCUCACCUUACAUUUGCAAGACAGAGAGAUCACAGUAGUAUGUACAUUACAGUUGGAGGAUGGAUGGCGGCUAACGGAUUGAGGUUGAGUCCUGACAAGACAGAAGUACUGUUCUUGGGAGACAGGGGGCAGGCUGGUGUGGAGGACUCCCAGAUCCUGAAUGGGGUAACUGUGCCCCUGAAGGACAGGUGCGCAGCCUGAGAGUCAUUUUGGACUCACAGCUGUCCAUGGAGGCGCAGGUUAAUUCUUUGUCCAGGGCAGAUGUCCACCAGCUCCAUCUGGUACGCAGGUUGAGACCCUACCUGCCCACAGACUGUUUUGCCAGAGUGGUGCAUGCUCUAGUUAUCUCCCAAUUGGACUACUGCAAUGCACUCUACGUGGGGCUACCUUUGAAGGGGACUCGGAAACUGCAAUUAAUCCAGAAUUCAUCCCCUUUGAAAAUCUCUCAGAUAGUUCCUUAAGUAAUAUGAUCAAUCACCUUACCUACAUGAUGAAACAAGAGGUAUGAAUCUUAACUGUCAUUUACUGUGAUACUACUGUAACUAGGAUGUGGGAAUAAUUUAUAAAGAUAAUUGUUCUUUGAAUAUGCUUAUAUUUUUAUUGUUUGAUAGUGCUUCCCCCUUUUUUCUGACAUCAGAAAGUACAGUGAGGUUAUAGAUUCAGUUUUUAUGUUGGACUUUCUGUAUUCAGAGUUUUUGUCUGCAGUAAAAUGGCUAAUUUGCCUGUAUCUUUUAAACAUUCUGUAGGUUACUGAGACCUAGCUAUAUUAAUGCCUGGGGUAUGGAUCAUUUUCCUUCUUUUUAAUGGAACAAAGCACCAAAGCCUAUACAGUAUUUUAGGGGGGGGGGGGCUUCAUGUACUUACAAUUUUUGCUCUGUUAUAUUGUGUCUUUAUCUUUCCUUUUCCCACUGCAGUAGUUUGUGUUGAUUUAAGCAGCGUCUGUCGUGCCCAGCGGAAGGAUGAGCAAUACGUGCUACAUACUCUAUAUUGCUUUAUUUACAGUUCAAAGCUGGUAUAUUACAGAAAGACAUCUUGCCUCUGCAGGAGCAGAAAAUGCAUCCUCUCUCCUCAACAGCUCGGAGAGAAUCACACAGUGAAAAACAGGAAACCAGUGUACGUCACAUCCAGUCUCCCUUUCCCGUGAGAAACUCCAACAGUACAGACUGUGGAAUGUAAAACAAUGUCUUGUGACUGCAGUUGCUGCUCAGUGAGGAAAGCAGAAACCAACUUCCUCCCCCUUUCUGUGAACAUCACUGGGCAGCGUGUUCGUACAAUAUCAGUACAAACCCAACUUCUGCACAUAGGUACAGUGUUGAUCCCUUGAUACAAUCUUGGACAAUACAUCAGCAGGAAUUUCAUUACCUGGCAUAUAGGACACCGUUACGAGUCCCUUCUGAAUACAUUCCCUAGCAUGCUGCAACUUUAAUUGCAAGUGCUUUGUGCUUUGCUUACAACCUUCAGACUUCAGCAAAGCCAAACAUGCUUUGUUGUCCUGGUAAACCUGGAUUGGACAUUUGACAGGAAUUUUCAUAUCUUUGCACAAUUGUACUAACCAUUCACAAUCCUUAAGUGAAUAAGACAGUGCAUUCAGUUCGGCUUCACAAGUACUUAAGCUAACUGUUGUUUGCUUCUUGCAUGACCAAUCAAACAGACUCUGAUUGUACAUGUAGCAAACUCCAGACGUACUUUUCCUGUCUGUAGCGUCACUUCCAAAACUUGCAUCUGCAAAUAUCUCAAGACCACCAGACUUCUGAUUGUUAAAUCUCAGUCUGUAAUGCAUAGUGCCUUUCAAAUACCGCGCUAUGCGUUUCAGAGCUUUCAAUCCUUGACACUAGGAGUGUUGACUUGUCUGCUUAGCAAAUUACAGCUAACAGCAAUGUCUGGUCUUGAACAUCUGGCAAUGAAGUUUAGCUUGCCUAGCACACUCCUGUACAGUGUAGUGUCAGAAAAUGCUUCUUCAGUGUCAUCUACCUGAUAACCUGUUGUCAUCGGUGUGUCUACAGGGUUAGCAUCCAUCAGAUUUAGUUUGCUUAACACAUCAGCAAUUUUCCGUGACUGGUGUACUAGAAUGUUACCAUCUUGAUCUCUCUCUAUUUCCAGAGAUAGGUAGUUGUUUACCUCACCAAGAUCUUUCAUGUCAAAGUGCUCUUUCAGUUGAGCUAGGGCGUUAUUGUACAUUGCGACAUCUUUCCAAAAGAAUAAUAAAUCAUCAACAUAAAACAAACAGUACAGUUUCUUUUGCCCCUCCUCUUUGACAAAUACACAUGGAUCAGCUUUCCCUUGCUGAAAACCUAGAGAAAACAAUACUUCAGUGAGUUUUGUGUGCCAACACCGUGCACUUUGUUUGAGACCAUAAAGGGAUUUCUUCAGAGCACAAACAAAUCCCUGUUUUACCUGUACGCCAUCAGGUGGAAGCAUAUAAAGUGAUUCACCUAGAGAUCCGUACAGAAAAGCUGUAUUAAUAUCAUGGUGACUAAUGUGUAGAUUUUCCUCUGCAGCUAGCUUGAGCAUAAGCCUAAUGCUUUCAUAUCUCACUGUGGGUGAAUAGGUCUCGUGAUAGUCUUGACCUGGUACCUGUGCAAAACCUCUGGCUACCAAUCUGGCUUUGUGUCUGACUAUCUUGCCAUUUUGAUCUGUCUUCGCUUUGAAGACCCAUUUGCUUCCAAGCAGUUUCAUUCCUGGAACUACUGGAACUAGCUCCCAUGUUUUGUUCCUUUCUAAGGAAUCAAGCUCAGCCUUCAUGGCAUUUAACCAUGGCUCAGCUUCCUUUGAAUCCAAACCCUGGAUUUCUUGGAAACUUGAAGGUUCAAAUACCUUCUUGGAGCUUUUAACAGUUGUUACUGCUAUCUUAGCAAACUCAUCAGCAAAUCUCUUUGGAGGUUUGCCUUUUGUGGCUCUCUGUGACCUACGAAUUAGCCUUAAGUCUUCAACACUCUCCUCUUCCUUCUUAGGAGAAAAACGACCUAUUGUGAACAAUGGUUCCUCCAAUUCUUGAUCAGAGCUUUCAGAGGGUCGCAUAGAGGCUUUCGCACUCUUGAAAUCCUCUGAAUCACCCGAUUCAGUUUCAGAUUCAGACUCAGAACCUUCAUCAGUGGGUGUGGGCUGUUGUGGUUGCUUUUGACUAUCCUCAGUCUCAUCACCGUCAUCAGGAUAACAUUGGAAAAUUCCCACAUUCUCCCCCCCACUUUGCAUUGUACUCAACACUUCUCGUGAGCUUAAUUGUCUUAGAGUCAGUCAUCAUUAUUCUGUAAGACCCUUUCUGAUAACCUAGAAAGAUUCCAUGCAAUCCACGCUUGUCUAACUUGGAGUUUUGUGGUGAGCGAACCCACAUGUCAGAACCAAAAAUCUUCAUGUGUUUGAUGUAUGGCUUCUUGCCAAACAUCUUUUCAUAGGGGGUACAACCGAUCGCUGAAGAUAACCUGCGAUUGUAACUGUAAACAAAACACGAGAGAGAUUCGGCCCAAUAACUCUCUGGAAGAUUGGCAUCAUGCAGCAAGGUCUUUAACCCUUGAAGCAAUGUCUGAUUUGCCCGUUCCGCAAGUCCAUUCUGCCAUGGCGAGCGAGGACUAGACAAAUCGUGUUGAAUUCCUUUCUCAGUCAGAAAAGCUUCAAACUGCUGAGAAGUGAAUUCCCCCGCGAUCACUGAAAAGAGUCUUUAUCUUCUUACCAUGCACAUUUUCCAACCAAGCACAGAAUUCCUUGAACCUAGGAAAAGCCUCCGAUUUCUGCUUGAGAUUGUACACAAAAAUAUAUCUAGAAAAUGCAUCAAUGAGAACCAUGAAGUAUCUAUUUCCACCCAAAGAGGGCGAUAGUGGUCCAACCAAAUCAGCAUGAACAACCUGGUAUGGUUCUGUAGCUUUCCUACUAGACACCUUACCUUUCGCAGCCAUUUUCACCUUGUUUGCUGCGCAUGCUUUGCACUUCAUGUGGUACUUGCAGGGUUUAAUAGUCAUACCUUCAACCAAGGCAGGCAUUUUAGAUACUGCCUCAAAAUGCAAAUGACCAAAUUUGCGAUGAAAAUCGUGAAUACAUUCUGCAUGCAAACUUUUGUUAGAACCUGCAAUGCAACAAGUGUCAUCCUGCACCACAUCAUCAUAAUACAAAACAAACAAACGAUCAACAUAUUCUGCAUGCAAUACAUAAUCAUUUUUCUUUGUGAUGAUACACUUCUUGUUCUUGAAGGAAACGUCAAUGUUCCGCUCAUUCAGCUGUCCAACGCUGAGCAGAUUAUGUUUGGCGUCUGGCACGUAAAGCACAUUCUGUAUCGAUAAGUCCAAACUGUGAAGAACAACAGUUCCGUAGCCUUUACUGGGAAUAGUGUGGUCAUCCGCCUGGUGAAUCGCACCUUCCUGCGGUGUAAAAGACACAAACAGUUUCUUAUCGUUGCACAUGUGGUGGGUGGCCGCUGAAUCAACAACGAAGAAAGAUCUAGACGUCUUCUGGACCUCUGCAACCUUUGGAGUGAAGCGUGAAACCAUAGCCUUGUGCUGCGUUGUCCUAGACACCGGACCUUUGCCUUUGCCUCGGCCUUUUCCGCGCGAUGAGCUUUCGCUGCGCUGCUCUGUCUUGGCCCUGGGAUGUCUGCAUUCCCUCUUCAUAUGGCCUAGACGUCCACACGAGUAGCAUUUCACUGCCUGCAAAGCUUUGGCGCCAUCUGGUGGUUCCACUGCACUAUGGGAUGACGUCUGUGAAGACUCCCCCCUUGCCCAUGCAGCUAGCACCCCGGCGAUCUGCUUCAUUUAAAAUCACGGCAGUAACAAAGUCCACUGUCAGCUGAGCAGUUGGUUGCACAGCAAUCUGGGUUGCAACAGACUCCCAACCUGAACCCAAAGAUUGUAGUAUCAUGAAAGAAUACACAGCCUCUGGAAAGUUGAGUCCUCUCUGUUGCAGCUCAUGUCUCAGAUUUUGCAUCUCCAUCAAAUGUAAACGUACAUCUCCACCUUCAGCAAGAGCCAUAUUAUGCAGCUUGUUAAAAUAAAACAUAGUGGAUCCAGCUUCUGUCCUUAAGUGAGCCUCUCUCAGAGCGUCCCAAAUUUCUCUGGCUGAGGUCUUAUCACGCAAUAGACAGAGCUCUUCUGGGGAUACUAUCAAUGUAAGAGUUCCCCUUGCUUUGGAAUCCUUAGCUUCCCAUGCAUCUGUAACUGGAACUGGGGGUUCCUGUAAUCACCUCAAACAAACCCUCUUUCCGCAGAAUUGCCUCUGCAUACUGAACCCAGUCGCUGUAAUUUUUCUUGUUGAGCUUAGGAAUCCCACAAGCAUCCUGAAGGGCCAUCAUGACUCUGGCAUUAGCCUUCAGCGUCAUAUGCUGCUUUAAAUCUUGCUGCGUCACUGCUGCAGCUGCUUUAUCACAAAGGCACACUUAAAAGUUAAUUUCGAUUUCCCCAGCAUAGUGACUUGUGCCUGGGAGCCUUUUGCCUAUUCCCGGCAAAACCGGCUUUAAAAGUUCAAAGUCCAGCCAUAAAGCCAUUAACUUGAAGCUGGCAGGCUGCCCGGAGCAGUAGCACAUACCUCAUCAAUCACUUCUACGCGCAGAGCAGAUUCCGUUCCGAUCUGUUCCUCUGCAUUCCGAUCCUUUGCCGGCACUCCGAUUCGACCUCUGGAGUCCAUAACCACGUGUUGAUUUAAGCAGCGUCUGUCGUGCCCAGCGGAAGGAUGAGCAAUACGUGCUACAUACUCUAUAUUGCUUUAUUUACAGUUCAAAGCUGGUAUAUUACAGAAAGACAUCUUGCCUCUGCAGGAGCAGAAAAUGCAUCCUCUCUCCUCAACAGCUCGGAGAGAAUCACACAGUGAAAAACAGGAAACCAGUGUACGUCACAUCCAGUCUCCCUUUCCCGUGAGAAACUCCAACAGUACAGACUGUGGAAUGUAAAACAAUGUCUUGUGACUGCAGUUGCUGCUCAGUGAGGGAAAUCAGAAACCAACAGUUUGGACAUUAUUUUUUAAAUCAUAGCAAUUUUUCUAUUCAUACCUACAUUCUGAUUGAGAUACCACUUGCCACAUGCUGUUUUGAAUCUAAAUCUGUUGUCAUGAGAUUCCAUUUCCCUAUUCUUUCAAACAUGUAGCUACAUGAAUAAAGGAAUAAAGCAGAAAUUCUUAUUCUAGAUAUUAAAUUCUCUCAAGCUUAUGGUCAUAGAGUUCUAUCCAGAUUUACAACUCAGUCCUAACUCCUAAUUCUGAAAGUCUGUUCAGAAUUAAAUUCAGUGGGGCUUGCUCCCAGGUUAGUGUGGUUAGGAUUGUCUGAACAAAACCUUUAUUACUUGUUCACUCUCUGCUCCAAAUAAAAACAUUUCUAUUCAUUUGUUUUGCUGCUACCCACCGCCCCUCAUUCUGUCACCAUGUAUCUGUAGCACUUUAAUAUUCAGCUAACAUUCUAUUACCUAACUAUUUUUGCCAUGUAAACUCUGCUGUGCUGAAAGUUUGGUUUCCCCCCCGCCCCACCCUAAACUUUAGGUUUCAUCUCCAGUGGCUGGAAAACUGAAUGGAAGUCAUAUAGACAUGCUGGGUUGAAACCAGGUAAGCAGAUGAAGGGAAAUGAAAGGGCUGGGAAGCAGAGGGUUUAAACAAAUUGGUUUACCUAUAUUCAGUACGUCACAGACAUAAAAGUAAUUAUAGUAUGUAUAGAAAAUAUGGGACAGUGCAUGAAAGCUUCUUUCAGUUCCAACUCAGUGAUCCCAGGGAUUCCAUAUCAAUCUGUGAUAUGGAAGCUGUAUUAGUGAACUAGAAUAUUCUAUAAGAAGGCUUGGAUCCGCCAUGCAGUUCUCACCAUUUUCACCAUGAUGCUGCCAUCCCUCUUUUUGUGUUUUAAAUUUUAAAUCUGCAUUGUUCAUUGUAAGAUUUUGCAUUGUAAAAAUCCUAUGGGGAACUGUUCAUACUAAGAGCUUUCUAUGCAUAGCAGUCUACACAUCGCCGACCACACUGCAUCGUGCCUUAAUACAGUGGUACCUCGGGUUACAUAUGCUUCAGGUUACAUACACUUCAGGUUACCGACUCUGCUAACCCAGAAAUAGUACCUCGGGUUAAGAACUUUGCUGCAGGAUGAGAACAGAAAUCAUGCGGCAGUGGCACAGCAGCAGCGGGAGGCCCCAUUAGCUAAAGUGGUACUUCAGGUUAAGAACAGUUUCAGGUUAAGAAUGGACCUCUGGAACGAAUUAAGUGUGUAACCAGAGGUACCACUGUACAGAUUAUUUAAACAUGCUCAGGAUAGAGAAGUUCCCCUGCUGCCGUGAUGAUUGAAAUUUUUUUGGGACUAUCCUAAAGUUAUAUAUUAGAGUGCAUAAUAAAGCAGGAUAAUCAAAAACAUCACAUUUGCUCAGAAAAUUCUUAGUUUGCAGCCUUUUAAAAACACAACAGUAUUUCAGGUCAGUAGAAAAACGGGCUGUUAUCUAUUACAUAGUUUCAGCGAGUUGGAAGGUUGGCAUUGCUGCCUUUCAGCUGGAUAGUGCUGGGGUGGGGGCAGGGCUUCAGUAAGGUCAGAGCUGUGUGGUGCACCUACAGAGCUAAUCCAGUACUCCCACCAGCAGGUUUGCAUAGCUCUGACCUCACCACUGUCAUGCCCUAGUAGGUGCUGCAGCGAUGUUAGUGUUGGGGAUGCGGGGGCACCCUUGUUCCUCCUACCCCUGUUCCCAAUGUAGAUGGUUAUUUUCCCCCUCCCCUUGUUUCUUAUAUAGAUCUUCACUCACCUUUCCCCCCUGGUGUGGGGAACCACUUUUUUGUGGUUUGCCUCAGGUGCCAAGAUGACUUGGGCCAUUCCUGGUAUCUACACAUGAUACGGUAGUCUUGCUGAAGCUAAACAGUGAACAGGCGUGAGACUGAGAACCUCAAGGAUGCUGCCUUGAGUCCCUGCAUUGUCUUUUACGUGAUUGAGCUCUCUGAAACUAGCAUUCCAAUUUUGAAACCAGUAUUUCAUUUUUGAUAGCAACACAGCACAUUCAAAUGCAUAAUCUGAGCAUAAUAUGUGUUCCCCCCCACAUGCAAUUGUUAUAUGAUCCUCUAUAUACUAUCCAUCCAUGUGCUCUUCACAUUUUUUUCUACAGUGUUUUUGAAACUGUUGAUAUUAACCCCUGAUACAGUGACGAGGAUUCAAGGAAUGAAUGACAAGCCCCUCUCCAUCUCUGAUGGAUGCCAAAUAAGUGGUUGCCAAUAAGCCCAAACUACUACAAGGCAUGCACCUGGUAGUAUGGUAAUCCAUUCAAGUACGGAUUAAUCUGCAUAAUCAAAUAACUAUUGUUACCAUUUUAAAUGCAUUGAGGCUGAUGAAAGCAGGAUAGAUUCUGUCACUGGUGUUCAUCAAUCUAAGGAGUUUUACUUCUACUGACAUUAAUUUUGGCUGCUCUUAUUCCAGUGAAGUUUAUGAACAAAUGUGCUUAAAGAAGAAAGGAUCUCCAAACAAGUCCAUCAACUACAAGAGUUUGCCUACUUGUUUAAUGGAAAUCUUUUUUUUCCUAAAGAGAACAAUAGCCUUUUCUUUCACCUGAAUUCUGAAUCAUGGUUAAUGAAGUUGCAGAAAAACAUGGUUAUGCUGAUAAUUAUUCAGAAGUCAUACAUUCAUUUAUUUUCGUUUUAUAAGAAACUUAAAACACCUGGUCCCAACAUCAACAAAAUGUUUUGCAAUGCAUAAAAAGUAAACAUAGAACUUUGCACCCUUUUUUGCAGGUUAACAUCUUUCUCAAGAGUGAGUGGCACGUGAAGGUCUGGUUAAAACAGUUUCCUCAGUUGUCCCUUGGUCCCUUGCCAGCAAAAAAUCAGAGGCCAAUCAAAAUGCACUUUCAGGUUUUUUUCAGUUUUUCAGAGCUUUCAUUUGCUGUUUUACACUACUAUUGAAUGGAAACCUGACCGAGAUUAAAAGCUGAAAUAUGCUGACUGCUAACUGUUCAAAAAUCAGCUCCCCAUUCUUUGCUUUCUAAUAAAAAAGGACAGAGGAGGAAGUCAAGAGACACCCUCCGUAUCAUUCAAUGAUCAUUUCCACUAACAGCAAACCAGAAUGACUUUGUUGGGAGAGUUACUAAGUUAGAGAAUGUGAUUAAAUAUAUGAGUGGAUGAUGAAGGGGUGCAUCACUGAUUUCACUCCUUUAGGAGAAUCACACUGCAGGAUAUCAAAAGGCUGCCCUUGGGAAGAAUGGUGGGGUAUACAUUUACCAUAUUAGUAUUUGCCACAAAUCAAAAAUCUCUCAGCCUCUAAGAGUUCAGCAAGAAAUUUUGGUUCAGCUUCCUGCUAUUAGUUGCUGACCAUUUUAUGUAUUUUUGACAGCCAUUCUUUCCAGUGACUGUACUGUAAUGAGAACCUUGCAGAAGCAGCAAUGUUGGACUGUUAUUAAUUUAUUUGCUGACAAGUUAUAUAUCUGAAAGUGCGUUUAUACUACUUCUCAUAUAACUAAUAGGAAGCAAUGGAUCAGGCACUUUCCCUAAACAGUCCAAAGCACAUAUACAGUGUGCAGUAUUUGGAUUACAAUUUAUGGUUUUGUAGUGCAGGGGGUAGCCAUUGCAGUGCCUUCCAGAUGUUUUAGACUAAAGCCCCUAUUCUUCCCAGCCAGCAUAGCUGAUGGUCAGGGAUGAUGGGAGCUGUAGUUCAGCAAUGUUUGCAGGGGACUACAUUGCCUGUCCUUGUAGAGCAGACUGGUGGGCAACAAGGGGUGUGAGGAGAGGGAAGAAAAGUCCUAUUGCACAUGCAGAAGUCCUUGCACUAAUGGGACUUCAUUGGAUGCAACCCCAUCUGCCCUAUAGUUCAUAUAACUGCCAUAAUUGAAUUUUGUGCCAUUACUCCUUUUAACUUUUUCUGAGAGAAGAUAAUUAGCACAUAAAGAUGCACAUAAAGAUAUAUGCAGAUAAAUAUAUAUAAUAUGAAUUGUAAUUGUUUAAAAGGCCUUUAAUGAUACAGCACAAGAGAUGUGGACCGGAAAUCCAGGCGCUUUUGCAAAUUUUUGCAGUAUAGUUUCUUUGUAAUCUUUUUUACCUCAGUCAACUCAUCCCUUGCUUCUUAUAUCUGUCAAUAUUGUUGGAAAAUUUAGCCUGUUGUUGGAACAUUUUUUUUUUCAUUUACAGAUUCACGAAGGCAGGAAGAAAACAACUGACCAACUGAUUAUUUUCUUCUAACUUUAGUGAAGAGAUGUGUGUGAUUGACAGAACCACAAACAAGAAUUCUACAGAGGCCCAACCUGUUCUAGGACUGGUCUUGGGUAGCAUCUCCCUGACCACAGUUGUCAUGAAUAUUUUGGUCCUGUACGCAGUGAGAACAGAAAAGAAACUGCAGACUGUUGGCAAUCUUUAUAUUGUCAGUCUUUCAUGUGCUGAUGUUAUAGUUGGUGCAGCUGUCAUGCCACUAAACAUUGUGUACUUGCUGAAGGAUAAAUGGAUCUGGAAUAGAAAUGCUUGCCUGUUUUGGCUGUCAAUGGAUUAUGUUGCUAGCACAGCCUCCAUAUUCAGUCUCUUCAUACUUUGCAUAGAUCGUUACCGUUCUGUCCAGCAGCCACUAAAAUAUCUCAGGUACCGGACCAAAACUAGAGCCUCUGUUAUGAUAUCAGUAGCUUGGCUGCUCUCUUGUAUGUGGGUCAUCCCAAUCAUUGGCUGGCGUAAUUUUUAUAAGGACAGCAACACAACUGUUAAUGAUGGGGCUGAUAAUGGAAAUAUAUGUGAAACAGAUUUUUGCAAUAUCGUGUGGUUUAAAGUUUUGACAGCCAUGAUAAACUUUUAUGUGCCGUCACUGCUGAUGCUUUGGUUCUAUGCAAAAAUAUACAAGGCUGUCCAGCGGCAUUAUCGGCACCGGGAGCACAUAAAUGGGUCUUUUAUAUCAUCCUCGGAAAAAUCAGGUAUGUACAGUGGAAGGCUGCAAGAAGUGCAAAAGAUUUGUUUUGGAAGCGCAAAUAAAGAUAUUGGACACAUCUCAAAUGAGAACAGCUGUGACCAGAACAAAAGAACAGCAGCCAACUAUCCAGCAAGCAGUUUUGUUAACGUCCCAAAGGGUUUUCGUUGCAGUAACCAUGAAGUAGUGAAGCUUAGCUGUUUUCCUCUAGCCCUUGCACAGAGUGACAUGAAAACAGGCACUGCAGGCAUGAGGUAUGACUGUGUCAAUAAAAGCACUCAGAAUACAGAGAGCCUUUGCCUCCAAGACUUAGAGUUAAACAAGACUUUGGAUGAGAAGAUUUACGCAGAGCAGCCUCCCUGCAGAAAUUACUCUGAUUACACUCUAGAGGAUCAUCCUUAUAUCGAAGGGUGUUUCCCUCAGUAUACCAACAAAAAAGACAGCACAAGUCUCCGUCAGUUGAAAAAGACAUGGGAGAAGCUACGCAGCCAUUCCAUGAGUGUUAAUCAAGGGUUGCGUAUGAACAGAGACAGAAAGGCAGCCAAACAAUUGGGAUUCAUAAUGGCGGCAUUUAUGCUGUGCUGGAGUCCAUAUUUUGUUUUCUUCAUGGUCAUGGCCUAUUGUGAAAGCUGCUACAAUCGGCCAGUUCAUAUGUUUACUAUUUGGCUUGGCUAUAUAAAUUCUACUUUAAAUCCAUUUAUAUAUCCACUCUGUAAUGAGAACUUCAAAAAGGCUUUCAAGAAGAUAUUUCAUAUGAAACCCUAACUUCUUUUUUGGAAUAUUCCAGAGUGGACUGAGGCAGGGGAUCCUCAGUAUCAUGGUGGAAGGAAAAAUUAACUUUCUGGUACUAUAAAGAAUAAUUGCAAAUGCAGCGAAUUCUUUUAGAACAUCCUUGGGAACUGAAGAAAUUGAAAAGAGUGAAAAAUGAAAAGGAGAGGUUUGGACAAUUUAAGUAAAAUAUUGUGCUUUAUUAAUUAAACACUCCCAAGUUUCAGCCUCAGGAUUGUUUUUAUUUUGAAAAUAUUUUCACUGUAUUUUUAUUUUCCAGUUCUAUUCUUUGUAACAAAACUGAGACAAAAUUAAGUAUGUUAGCACUUAACCUAGUUUCUAAAGCUGAAACAGAUGUGUCUUCACUUCAGUGGUCAGUUUGCUAUUGUCACUUGUCUCUUAAUAUUAUUAUAUGCUCCCUGAUUCCCAGAGCAAUGAGAAUGAUUUGAUGGAUAUAGCAAUCAGUUUUACCGCACACAAUAUUGGUUGUAACAUGUUUCAAAUACUUAGUGGUUGGUAUACCUGCCUCUGUUGAACUGCAGAUUGUAAACUCCUUGGGGCUGAGACUUGUCCUUCUACACUUGAUAAAGCACCGUGCACACUGCUGGUGUGUGUGAGAGAGAAAGAGAGGGAGGGAGAUACAUACGCACACUCUCACACUCACAUACAGGUCAAUGUCAAGCAUUCACAAUGUAGUUCUCACAGUAAAUCAGUGUCACUUGCCCAGAAACUAUCUAAUAGCUAACUACAAUUGAUACAUCGCUGCCUUCUCUCUUCAGCUCUCUGUAAACAUCACUUUUUAUAAAUAUCAGAGCAGCAUUCCAUAAAACACCAGCUGCAAAGGAAAAUCAUUGGAGUCUUAUUAAAGAAAUUAGACAGCAAUGCUUCUGAAUGCCAGUUUCUGGAAACCACAAAAGGCAAGAGUGCUCUUGUGCUUGGUUUCUGCUUGCAGGUUUCCCACAUUCAUCUGUUUGGCCACGAGAACAGGACAGUGGCAGACUUGGGUAUUAUGGCACCCUGUGUCAGGCCAGCAUCCCCCCACCCCCGGCCUCACACUGCCAGGAAAUUACUAAUUAGGCUUUGGGAAGGAGUACUGGGUAGAUUUACAGACUCUUGCAUGAUGGAAAUAUAUGGAAGCAUUCCAUGAAAUUUGCUGCAGUGGUACAACUAAAAGAAUUUUUAAAAUGUCUAGUUCCACCUCAAGCAGUUGUUUGAAAUGUAAAGGCAAAUAUACUGACUUUUUAAUAUAUUUAAAAUUGUGUAAAGGUAUUUCAAGUAUUGCAACUUCUUGAAUGUUAUUGAAGAAAUUAUGAGAGAUGUGCCUGUUUACAUUAUAUUAUUAAAUGAUUUGAGAAACUGUGUGAAAAGGAAACAUAGGACUUAAGUGGACAGUUAGUUAGCAGGUGCAAAUCAUCCUUGUGAAGAACUGGAAAAGUAAUAGGAAACAAUAAACUGCUGAAUGGUUUAGGAAAGUAUGAACGAAUUGAUCAUGUGCAAACAGCUCUUACCAAGGUCCUUCUGAGUAGUAAUAGACCUGUGACUAACUUUUUGGAAGGGUAGGAAAAAGUUAGUAAGACUGGACUGAAAAUCAGAGAAAACACAAGUGAAACCAUGUACGUAAAGAACUAUGUUUGUUUUAUAGACCACAGGAAUAAAUGGUUUGUCUUCUGUAUAUUUUAAUAUAUUAAUGUGAGAUUGUAAAUGGUUUUAAUGUUGAACUCCUUAAAAUAAUUAAAAGUAGCUAGCAAAUGUUCUUG